UCUUCCUCCCCUCUCAUUCGCCACCCACCCAUACUUAUUCCCCUCCCGCCCCCUGCCCUAGCAAGCUUAGUUAGCUCAUCGAUCGAUCGCCUCCUCCCCUCCACACAAACUCUUUCCUUUUCCUCCCCUCCCCGAGAUUCACACACUCGAGCUAUAGCUACCUAGCUUAUCAGUCGUCGCAGUGGGGUGAGCUGACAGAAGCUAGCUAGCCAACGAGUGGAGCGGAGCUACAGGAGCGCCCGCGCCACACGUACGAGGAGCUAGCAGGAGCUGGGAUAGUGGUCAAUCGGGAGCUAGCUAGCUAGGAGCUUACGCGCGCCGUCCAUGUCGGCGGCGUCGUGCCGCGUGUGCGGCGGCGGCUUGGAGGAGUGCGCGUGCCUGCUGCAGCGCGGCCGCGGGCUGCGGUGCGGGGUGGCGGCGGACCUGAACUGCGGCGGCGGGUUCCCGGGCACCGGCGGGAUGUUCGUCCAGGCGGCGGUGGCGGAGGAGGAGCCGUCGCCUUCGCCGGCGGGGGCGGGGGCGGCGGCGGUGGGGCUGCAGGAGUUCCAGUUCUUCGGGCAGGAGGAGGAGGACCACGAGAUGAGCGUGGCGUGGCUGUUCAACGACCACGCGCCCGUCGGCGGCGAGGACCGCCCGCCGCCGGCCACCGAGCUGCAGCGGCGCCGCCGCCUGGCGUUCGACGCCUACGCCGAGUACGUGCAGCCCGGCCACGGCCUCACGUUCGACGUGCCCGUGCCCGUGCAGAUGCCGCUCGCCCGAAGCGGCGUUCACGUCGACGCGGCCGGGCUGGGGCUCGCCGCCGGCAACCCCGUGACGUCCGGCGCCGCAAUCAUGCCCUUCUGCGGGAGAGAAACGCUGACAUUCACGGACGCCACGGCGGCGAGCUCCGUCGUCAUCGACCCGAACGACGACGCGGUGGCGCCGUCAACUGCGUUCGCCAACGGCGGCGGUGCGUACUCGGUCGGCGACGACGUGGCCGCGGCGGCGCCGGCGGAGCAGCGGGAGGCGAAGCUGAUGCGGUACAAGGAGAAGCGGAAGCGGCGGCGGUACGAGAAGCAGAUCCGGUACGCGUCCCGCAAGGCCUACGCCGAGAUGCGCCCGCGCGUCAAAGGCCGCUUCGCCAAGGUGCCCGAUGCCGGCGACGUCGACCAUCUGCAGGGGAGCGCGCCGCCGCCGCCGCCGUCUCAACAGCAGCCGGCGCAGGCCGCCGCGGGAUACGACCCCGGCCGGCUCGACCUGGGCUGGUUCCGUUCGUAGCAAGCCAACAUAUAGUAGUGCAGUAGAAAGGUGCCGGCUGUAGGGAGGCUGGUCAGGCUGCCAUGCGUAUGCAUGAGUUUGCUGCAUGCUUAGAAUUUCCAUCUCCUAGAUCAUCGUCGUGUAUAGGUCAGCUUGUCAAAUCUCUGAUUAAUUAUUACUCCUACUACCUGGCAAUUAAAGAGCUCGUGCUUAACAUUUAGUUCAGGAUCAUACCCAGGUCCAUAGGUAAUGUGUGAUCUCUUGUCGUAGAUAUAAUUUGUCCAACUGUUUUGGUCGUACGAAUGCAAAGAAUUUUUUUUUGGCCGAAUUUACAUAUGCCAAGCAAUAUAUAAGGCUUUUUCCCUCUU